AUGGCGCCGCUUGUCGACAACCCCCAGAUCAAGCAGGCCAGCCUGCACAACCCACUGCCAUUGCAGCUGCACACUUACAUUUGGCCCUUUCUGAUAGUAUGGCCAGCCUUCUCGGCCAUAUACUUUUCGCCCCAGCGCUACGAACAAUACAUCCAGUCGUCGGAAUGGACUUUUGUCUGGAUUGCCACCAUCACCACUUUCCAGUCGCUGUUCUGGCUCAUGACGCACUGGAAUGUCAACCUCAAGAGCGCCUUCACUACCACCUCGGCCAGCGACGUGCGCAGUGCCCAGCUUAUCAAAGUGCAACCUAUCAAGAACGCCGGCGCUGCCGAGAUUGUCAAGUUGAUCCGCGACAACGUUGGCGGGAAGCCCAACAUUUCCUUCCUCUUUCAAAAGCGACGUUUCCUCUACGACGCCGAUAAGGGCUCCUUCGCCCCACUCGCUUACGCCCUCGAUACCGAGCCCAAGCCGCAGCUCAAGACAUUCCAGCAGGCACAGGGCCUCACCUCCCCCGCCGAGAUCGAGCGCCUGCAGCAGCACUAUGGCGACAAUGCAUUCGAUAUCCCCGUCCCCACAUUUACCGAGCUGUUCAAGGAACAUGCUGUCGCUCCGUUCUUCGUCUUCCAGGUUUUCUGCGUUGGGCUGUGGAUGCUUGAUGAAUACUGGUACUACUCCAUCUUCACACUCUUCAUGUUGGUUGUUUUCGAGAGCACCGUUGUGUGGCAGAGACAAAGAACACUGAAUGAGUUCCGUGGAAUGAGCAUCAAGCCUUAUGAGAUUUUGGUGUACAGGCAGAAGCAAUGGCAAGAGAUUAUGAGCGACAAGCUGCUUCCGGGCGAUGUUGUCAGCGUGGGCAGGACCAAGGAAGAUUCUGGCGUCGCAUGCGACAUGCUGCUACUCGAAGGCUCGGCUAUCGUUAACGAGGCUAUGCUGUCAGGAGAGAGUACUCCUGUGCUCAAGGAAUCAGUACAACUGCGACCUGGCGAUGCGCGCAUCGAGCCCGAGGGUCUGGAUAAGAACUCGUUCCUCUGGGGUGGCACCAAGGUUCUUCAAGUCUCACAUGGAAGCAACGUUGAGGAAGAUGGCGCUGUUGUCCCGAAACUCGCAUCUGGUGUCCCUCCACCGCCGGACAAGGGCGCUGUUGCUGUCGUCGUCAAGACUGGAUUCGAGACCAACCAAGGAAGCCUUGUCAGGACCAUGAUCUUCGCUACCGAGCGUGUUUCCGCCAACAAUGUCGAAGCCCUCUUCUUCAUCCUCUUCCUUACCGUCUUCGCUGUCGCUGCCUCGUGGUACGUGUGGCAAGAGGGUGUCAGGCUAGACCGCCAGCGCAAUAAGCUCCUCCUCGACUGUGUUCUCAUAGUUACGAGUGUCGUACCUCCGGAACUUCCCAUGGAACUCAGUUUGGCUGUCAACACUUCUCUCGCUGCGCUCAGCAAGUAUGCCAUCUUUUGUACCGAGCCGUUCCGUAUUCCCUUUGCUGGUCAGGUCGAUGUGGCUUGUUUCGACAAGACUGGUACUCUGACUGGUGAAGAUCUGGUUGUUGACGGCAUUGCUGGACUGUCCCUGGGACAGAGUGGCGCUACGGUCGCGCCAGAUGGUGCACACACAGAUCUCGCAAAGGUUACAGAUGUUGGCACCGAGACUACAUUGGUACUUGCUUCUGCUCACGCCCUGGUCAAACUUGACGAUGGCGAGACCGUGGGUGAGCCCAUGGAAAAGGCUACCCUUCAAUCCCUCGGAUGGAAGCUUGGAGCCAAAGAUACCCUUCAAGCGACAACGACCACAGCCAGAUCUCACGCCGAACUCGUUCAAAUUCGCCGUCGUUUCCAAUUCUCAUCCGCCCUCAAACGCCAGAGUUCCGUAGCUACUGUUCUUGUCAACAACAACAAGACUGGACGCAAGGUCAAGAGCACAAUCGCUGCAGUCAAGGGUGCGCCCGAAACCAUCCGCAAGAUGUUGGUUAAUACGCCUCCACACUACGAGGAAACCUUCAAACACUUUACCCGUAAUGGCGGUCGUGUACUAGCCCUAGCAUACAAGUUCCUAUCUGACGACGGAGAAUGGGGCCAGAAUCGGAUCAACGACCUCAAGCGUGAGCAGGUUGAAUCUGACCUACACUUUGCCGGCUUCCUUGUACUUCAAUGUCCUCUCAAGCCUGACGCUAUCGAGGCUGUUCGCUCCCUGAACGAGUCCAGCCACCGUGUUGUCAUGAUUACCGGUGAUAAUCCCCUUACUGCCGUUCACGUCGCUAAGCAGGUUGAGAUCGUUGAUCGUGAAUGCUAUAUCCUUGAUGCACCUGAAAACGACGAUUCUGGCGAGAAGCUUGUCUGGCGUAGCGUCGACGACAAGCUUAGUAUUCCUGUUGACCCGACUAAGCCGCUGGACGAUGAGAUCUUGAAAACUAAAGAUAUCUGUCUUACUGGAUAUGCGCUUUCUAAAUUCACCGGCCAGCCUGGAUGGAACCAAAUCCUGCGAUAUACUUGGGUCUACGCCCGUGUUUCACCGAAGCAAAAGGAGGAGAUUCUUCUUGGUCUCAAGGAUCGUGGUUACACUACUCUCAUGGCUGGUGAUGGUACCAACGAUGUCGGUGCUUUGAAGCAGGCUCAUAUCGGUGUUGCCCUUCUCAACGGUACCCGUGAGGAUCUCGACAAGAUUGGCGAACAUUUCCGCAACACGCAGAUGAAGAAUGUCUAUGAGAAGCAGUGCAAUCUUAUGCAGCGCUUCAACCAGCCUCAACCUCCUGUCCCGAUCAUGAUCGCUCAUCUGUACCCGCCAGGCCCAACCAACCCGCAUUACGAGAAGGCAAUGGAGGCUCAAGCCAAGAAAAAGGGUCUUCUCCCUGCCGGCAAUGGAUCAGCUUCCACUGAACAGCCUGGUCAGGUCCAACCUGCUCAAACUGCUACCAACUUUGCCCAACAAAUGCAGGAAAAGAUGAUGGCCCAAGAAAUGGAAGAACUUGCCGGUGAGCCUCCGACCAUUAAGCUUGGUGAUGCCUCUGUCGCGGCACCUUUUACUUCCAAGCUUGCCAAUGUCGUCGCCAUCCCCAACAUCAUCCGUCAAGGUCGCUGCACGCUUGUUGCCACAAUUCAGAUGUACAAGAUCCUUGCUCUCAACUGUUUGAUCUCUGCCUACAGUUUAUCAGUCCUCUACCUCGAUGGUAUCAAAUUUGGCGAUGGUCAAGUCACUAUCUCAGGAAUGAUGAUGAGCGUUUGUUUCCUGUCCAUUUCUCGCGCAAAGACAGUUGAGGCUCUGUCAAAGGAACGCCCACAGUCCAAUAUCUUCAACACAUACAUUAUUGGAUCCGUGUUGGGCCAGUUUGCCAUUCAUAUCAUCACCCUCAUCUACGUCAGCCAAUAUGUGCAACGUGUUGAGCCCAAGGAUCCCAACCCAGAUUUGGAAAAGGAGUUUGAGCCAUCGCUCCUCAACUCGGCCAUCUACCUGCUUCAGCUCAUUCAGCAAAUUUCCACCUUUGCCAUCAACUACCAGGGCCGUCCUUUCCGUGAGUCUAUCCGCGAAAAUAAGGGCAUGUACUGGGGUCUUGUUUCUGUUUCUGGUGUCGCAUUCUCGUGCGCUACCGAAUUCAUUCCGGAGCUGAAUGAGAAGCUUAAGUUGGUUCCGUUCACCACCGACUUCAAGAUCAUGAUCACUACCAUUAUGGCUUUUGACUUUGUCGCUUGUUACAUCAUUGAGAAGAGCCUCAAAUUCUUCUUCUCGGAUAACAAGCCCAAGGAUAUUGCUGUUAGGCGUCCAGAUCAGCUGGAGAGGGAGAUUGCAAGGAAGAAGGAAGAGGAGUUGCAGGCGCAGAGGAAGAAGAACGAGGAGGCGGUUGCAAUGGCUCAUGCCAAGGGGUUGAUUAAGCAGUAG